UCCUCCUCCCGCGCCCUCUGCCCCGGGCCCCCAGCCCGGCCGGCCGGGCGCUGACCGAGGGGCGGGGGUCUCUGCCGCCUCGUCCCGCGCAGCUCCGGCUCCGGCCCCGGCUCGGCGGCGGCGCGGCGCCCGGCGGCCAUGGACCGGCCCCUGACGGCGUCGGCGGAGGCGGAGGAGGAACUGGAGUGGCAAGUGGCGAGCCGCCGGAGGAAGGCCUGGGCCAAGUGCCGCGGGUCCUGGCAGGCGUCGGAGACGGAGGACCCGUCCACCGAGGCGACGACGCAGGACGAGGACGAGGACGACGAGGAGGACCUGCCGGGCGCCAAGCUGCCGGCGGCCGCGGGGAGAGGAAACGUGCCCAACGAGAAGAUCGCGAUAUGGCUCAAGGACUGCCGUACCCCGCUGGGAGCCUCACUGGAUGAGCAGAGCGGUAGUGCGCAGAAGGGUGUGCUGGUGAGAAAUGGAGGAAGUUUUGAAGAUGAUUUGUCACUGGGAGCUGAAGCCAACCAACUCCAUGAAACUGAUGCUCAAAUUGAAAACAGCAGUAGUAUCUUGGCCAAAGACAGAAGACUACAGUUUCAUCAGAAAGGGAGAAGUAUGAAUUCCACUGGAUCUGGAAAAAGUAGUGGGACAGUCUCAAGUGUUUCAGAAUUGUUGGAACUUUAUGAGGAAGAUCCUGAAGAAAUUCUUUAUAAUCUUGGAUUUGGACGAGAUGAACCGGACAUUGCUUCUAAAAUUCCUCCCAGAUUUUUCAGUUCCUCAUCAUUUGCCAGAGGAAUAGAUAUUAAAGUAUUUUUGAGUGCUCAAAUGCAACGGAUGGAAGUAGAAAACCCAAAUUAUGCUUUAACAAGUCGUUUUCGUCAAAUUGAAGUGCUUACUACUGUGGCCAACGCUUUUUCUUCUUUGUAUUCCCAAGUCUCUGGGACUCCACUGCAGAGAAUUGGGAGUAUGGCCUCAGUAGCCUCUAGCAAGGAGACAGACUCUCCUCCACCGUUAACCCGAAGUAACACUGCAAAUCGCUUAAUGAAAACACUAUCAAAACUGAAUUUAUGUGUUGAUAAAACAGAGAAAGGAGAAGGUAGUACUCCUUCCCCAGCAACUGAAAAAGGAAAGAUUCUGAAUGUUUCUGCAAGUGAAGACAGUGGCAGUAAAAACGAUCCAAAGUCUCAAAAAAUUGUAAAGAAGAAAGACUCAUCUUACAUGUUGGCUACAGUUAAAGAAGAAGUAUCAAUUAAUACAUCAACUAUUAUGGAGAAUGCUGACAUGGAUGAUGGGCUUUCUGAUGAAGCAAACACUAAUUUUAACCAAGAAAGGGAAAGUGAACAAAGAAAUGAAACUCAAAGUCAUGGUAAACGGGGUGAGGAAUCCGAUAUUACGGGAUCCGAUUUAGGUAGCGAUUCCAACAUGGCCAGCCACAGUGAGCCGGAAAACAUGCAUGUGUCCACAGCAGAAAAGGAGCCAUGUGCCCCGCUGCCCAUCCCAUCCAUAAGAAACAUAAUGGUACAGCAGAAGGACUCCUUCGAAAUGGAAGAGGUUCAAAGUACGGAGGAAGAAGCACCUCAUGUUCCAGCCACUUACCAGUUAAGUCUUGGUAAGUCGAAAAGAGAUCACCUGUUACGUACUGCCAGUCAGCAUUCUGAUAGCAGUGGUUUUGCUGAAGACUCCACAGACUGUGUCUUCAUUAAUCAACUUCAGGUUCACAUGGGGAGUAGUGCCGAUAGUUGUGACAGCGAGACAACAGUCACUUCGUUGGGUGAAAACCUUGCCACGCCAACAGCACCUGACCCUCCUUCCUUUAAUGACUCUGCGGAGGGAUCUCUCACGCCCGUUCCCAGGGGAAGCGGGAAGGCGGCAGCAGCUGCUGACAAAGGAAGGUCAGAUGGCCAGGACUCCCCCCAGUGCGAGGCGGUGGAGGAUACAGGAAAUGAGGAGUCCACCUGCCGUGCGGGGGAUCAUGCUCCCGAAGUCACUGAAGUGAAAGAGGACUCCUCUCCCGCACAGCCAGAGGGACUGCCAAGGGGAGAAAGCGCCGAAAGUGACGUGGAUAGAAGCACGGAAUGUGAAUUUGUGCAGUAUACCACACACCAUAUUCUGAAAUCGCUGGCUUCCAUCGAAGCCAAAGGCAGCGAGAAGGGCCCUGAAACUAAAGCCGGGCUUCCCUCUUCCUUGGACAGAGUCAAUACAGCCUUGCAAAGAGCUCAGAUGAAGAUCUGCGGUCUGUCUGGUCAGAGAGCGGGGCGUAGCUUGAUCAAAUCAAAAGACCUGUUAAAGCAGAGGUACCUGCUUGCCAAAGCCGGCUAUCCUCUGCGCAGGUCUCAGUCUUUGCCCACCACCUUGCUGAGUCCCGUGAGGGUCGUGUCCUCGGUCAACGUUCGAUUAUCCCCAGGAAAGGAGACCAGGUGCAGCCCACCCUCCUUCACCUACAAGUACACCCCCGAGGAGGAGCAGAAAUCGGAAAGUGAGGCGGUUGAGCACGAUGGCCAGUCUGUUGUCAAAUCCACUAUCUUCAUCUCCCCGUCGUCCUCUGGGAAGAAAGACUCGGAAGCCUCUCCCAGGGAGGCGAGCCCGGCGGAGGAGUGUCAUCAUCAGAGGGCGCCCACCUGCUCCCUCUAUGCCCCGGCGCCCAUAUCGCAGUCCAGCUGCUCCCUCCACUCUCUCCACUCCGAGUGGCAGGAACGGCCCCUCUGCGAGCACAUGAGGACCCUGAGCACCCGCAGCGUCCCCAACAUCUCCGGCGCCACCUGCAGUGCCUUCACGCCCCCUCUCGCGUGUUCGUACUCCCAUAGACACGCUGCCUACCCGUACCGAUCGGGCUCCGUGAACCCCCCUUCUGCCAUCGAGAUGCAGCUGCGAAGAGUGUUGCACGACAUUAGAAACUCGCUGCAGAAUCUUUCACAGCACCCUAUGACGAGAGGAUCUGAUCUUGCUGCUGCUUCGUACAGUCCUCAGAAAUCGUCUGUUCUACCUCUUUAUGAAAAUACUUUUCAGGAGCUCCAAGUAAUGAGGCGGAGCCUGAAUUUGUUUAGAACGCAAAUGAUGGACCUAGAAUUGGCGAUGCUGCGUCAGCAAACCAUGGUUUAUCAUCACAUGACUGAGGAGGAAAGGUAUGAAGUGGACCAGCUCCAGGGUUUGCGAAAUUCAGUCAGAAUGGAACUCGAAGACCUGGAGCUGCAGCUGGAGGAACGUCUGCUGGGCCUGGAGGAGCAGCUGCGCGCCAGGCACAUUCCUUCUCCCUUCCGCUCCUCCGCACUGAUGGGGAUGUGUGGCAGUAGAAGUGCUGAUAACUUGUCUUGCCCUUCUCCAUUGAAUGUAAUGGAACCAGUCACUGAACUGAUGCGGGAACAGUCAUACCUUAAGUCUGAAUUGGGCCUGGGACUUGGAGAAAUGAGAUUUGACAUCCCUCCUGGAGAAAGCUCAGAAUCUGUUUUCUCCCAAGCAACGUCAGAGUCCUCUUCUGCGUGUUCUAGUCCCUUUCAUCCUAAUCGAAGAACUGGAGGGCCUUCUGGUGACUCAGCGCGCAAACCCAAGGCUCAUCGGGCACCAAGCAAGAAAGUGUUCCGCGCAUCCGUGGCCCUGACGCCAACUGCGCCUUCUAGAACAGGCUCUGUGCAUUCGCCUCCAGAGGGGGAAAGUUCUGAGGACGUGGGCGCAGCUGAAGAACACUUAGAGGCUGUAGGACCUAAAUCCGACGUGGAAGAAGGGUAUGGAAAAGUCCCAUUGAUGCCAGCUGCUGAGGAAAUGCAUAAAAAUGUAGAGCAAGAUGAAUUGCAGCAAGUCAUACGGGAGAUUAAAGAGUCUAUUGUUGGGGAAAUCAGACGGGAAAUUGUGAGUGGACUUCUGGCAGCAGUGUCUUCAAGUAAAGCAUCAAAUUCUAAGCAAGAUAGUCAUUAAAUGGGAUUAAUAGGUUGGCAUGGAUCAUAUUAGCUGAGAAAUGUUGGAGUUAUGGUAUACACUGGUGGAGGUGUUAUUUGUGCUUCAGAAGAUACUUGCUGCUGAGCUGGGCUGCUGUAUACAGUGUACAAUGUUUAUUCUGUGCAUAUCUUUUUUAAAAACAACAUACAUAGAAACUUAGGCAACUUUGCUGACUUUAUUUCUCUCCUAAACUGUAGCUAUUCAAAAAGCCUAAUAUUUAUUUGUAUGUCAAUAUUUUCAAGUGGAUUCCCUAUGUAGAACUAAUUUUAAAACUUGAAAACUUCCAGAUUUAACCAACAUAUAAAUAACAUAUUACUGUAGACUAGCUUCCUUAAACACUGACCUCUAUGAGGUAUUUACUGUGCAAUAAUAACUGAUUUGUGUUUUGAGAGCUUGAAACAACCAAUGAUUUUCCCUCUACUGCUGUUCAUUAGUAUCUCUUCCAAGAAGAAAAUUUGUUCUGUUGUGAAAGUUUGCUCUUAGUUCUUGAGGAAGUUACUAAUAGCAGUAAGAUAGAAUUCUCAUAUGAGGUUUCCUGCAACUACUUAUUGUUCUUACACUGUAAGCAUUGUUACUUUACCUAAGACAAAUGUAACUCUAUUAUAGCUUAUCUAGUAUUUUUCUUUUGGAAAUGUGUCUUAUAUUAAACACUAUGUACUCUU